AUGCGGGGGCAACGGAGCGGUAAGUUCGCGGAAUACACCGCAACAUAUGCCAUUCUCAAGCGGAUUGGACUUCACCAAACUGUUUUAAUUGAGAAGCGCGACGCGUCCGUUGGGUAUGGUGUUUACGUACGGGACGCCUGCGAUAGUGGUACACCUUUGCUGGUUGUACCCUCACGGCAUGCAUUUUCUCUUUCAACGGUUCAGAAAUUGGGCGCGAGGGUGCGGCAGGAGGACUUAAUGCAAUCACCGCAGUUGGAGAUCCUGAACCGCGGUGUGCUGUCGCGGCUAUUGGGCUGCACAGCAGGGGAGUGGAUCAGUUUGGCGUGGCGGCUUGCCAUUGAGCAUCAGCGCAGUUUGUCGCCGUGGUGGGGCUGGUUAAACGUUCUUCCCCGAAUGCAGGACUUCCGGACGAUGGAAGACGAAAGCGGCCGACAAUGUCGGCUUCACCGUGUCCAACUGCUUCCCUACUUCAUAGAGGUACAAGGUAGCAUGCAGGAGGAAAUUUGCUCAGCAUACGAGGUUCUUUCCGAAAAAAACUUGAUGCCGUCCCCCAACCACUUUCGCUGGGCUGUUGAUGUCAUAUUGACAAGGUCUCAUCGACUUCCUGCUUGCUGGACCAACGGGGAGGGAAGUAGUGUCGAACUGGGCAUAAUACCUUUUGUUGAUCUCGUAAACGGUGACGAUGGCGGUGAGCGGAGACGAAACGCACGAGUGGAGGUUGCAUUUGAGGUUGAGGAGCUUCCGCGCUGGUACCGCGACGAGUUUCUGCAAGAGUCAGAGCGGCGCCACGUUAACGGAGAGGAGGCACUCCGGCGACUCCUGGAGGAGCACUUUUUUGCCCUGGUGGCGCUGGAACGCGACCUGACAGCAUCCGAGGAGGUUAUAAUGGAGUACGAGUUGGUACCGUGGGUCACAGGCGCCCUGAGUCAUGAAGAUGAUCUACUUUUGGGGAGGUUACUGAGGUACCGUUUUUGA